GUGGCCCUCGAUCGCACUCGCGGCUCUUGGAUCAGUUUGCGGUUCCGGCAUCGCAAGCGGAUUGAACAGGUGCAAGCGAAGCGGAACAGAGCAGCCCGCUGGUGCUGGCUUGGAUUUAGAAGCGGUGUUGGGGUGGGGCUGAAGCUACGCAGCACAGGUAAACACGGAGAGAGAGAGCGAGAGGAUUGUGUGCGUUGGUUAUGGCAGCCAUGGCUGCUGCUGCUGUGUGUACUGCGAGCUCAACAGCAGCGCUGACACAAUGCGGGCACCGUGAAGCUUCUGCUGCUCUUCGGUCUUCAUUUUGCCCUGCGCUGGGGUCUUUGAAUAGCAAUUUGCGAGUGGGGGUUUCGUCGAGGAGCGCCAGGGGGAGCCUCCAAGUCACGGCUGCAUUGCCCAUCGUGGAAUUGGCUGCGCAGGCUCUGGGUGGUGAUGGAUUGGCUGUGAUAGAGAGCGACGGGUUCUCUGGAUUGCAAUUCGCAGUUGCCAGUGGGGGUGCCAUUGCCGCUCUUGCGGCAGCGUUAUCGCUUGCUGACCCGGAGAAGCGUCGUCAAAAGCAGGCGGAAGAGACCGGGGGUGACGAGAAGGCUGUAGUGCGCAAUUACUUCAAUACCCAGGGAUUUGAACGUUGGAGACGUAUCUACGGGGAGACAGAUGAUGUGAACUCCGUCCAGCUUGACAUUCGCCAAGGUCAUGCGCAGACGGUUGAGAAGGUGAUGCGGUUCUUGAAGGACAGGCCUCUCGAGGGAGUCACCAUUUGCGACGCCGGCUGCGGUACUGGUAGCCUCUCAAUCCCGCUUGCUCUUGAAGGUGCGGAAGUGUACGCCAGUGACAUUUCGUCGGCUAUGGUGGAUGAAGCGGCGAAGCGAGCAGAGGCAGCCCUGAAGUCUAACGCCAAUGACAAGCCGACUCAAGUUCCAAAGUUCGAAGCUCGCGACUUAGAGUCUAUUUCUGGGAAGUACGAUACCGUUGCGUGUUUGGAUGUGUUGAUUCACUACCCGCAGGACAAAGCCGGCGGCAUGGUGCAGCACUUGGCGUCGCUCGCCGAGAAUCGCCUAAUUUUGAGCUUCGCCCCUUACACCUUGUACUACGCCGUUCUCAAGAGGAUUGGGGAAUUGUUUCCGGGGCCUUCUAAGGCUACUCGGGCUUAUUUGCACGCUGAGGAGGAUGUGGAGGCUGCCCUCAAAGAGGUUGGAUGGGUUGUCAAGAGAAAGGAGAUGACGGGCACGAAAUUCUACUUCUCUAGAUUGCUCGAGUGCGUUCCCGUUUCCAAAGCUUAGGGGAAAAAACCCUUGUGUCUCUCCCUACGUUUGUGGGUUUUUCACCUUUCAAUCAUGUGGCCCAAUGCUUCCCGUGCCUUUGUAGGCAGGGUGUCUUUUCGAAUUUUUGUUGCAAGCAGGUAGCUUUAGUAAGCCAGGUUAUGCAUAGUCGUUAGUCACAGCGCACUAUAUGGGGACUUUAUAAUUAGAUUGCUGCAAGUCUACACUUUUUGUUGGGUUUUAUGAGGCAGAGGUUUAAGGAGCAAUUGCUGUCUCAUUUUCAACUCUGGAAGAUUAGAUUAAGCUCUUCCUGCGAGCCGCUGAGCGCCAGGAAGGUUCGAUGGUCAAUGAGAUUGUCUUUGAUGUUAGCGCAAUUCAAUAUUCUUAGCAAACAAUUUGCAACCCACUGAGCCACAAAUGUUCCUUCCACUGACUCUCAAUCUCGACACGUUAUUUCCUCUCA